AGAUGCUGGCAGUGAUUGGAACGGUUUUUCUCGCGCUUCUCGCCUUGUGCUACGUUUGGGUCAGAGAACGACGGUACCGCUUCUGGGCCGACCGUUCCGUGGCCUUCAUCGCGCCACAGUUUCCGUACGGCAACUUCAAGACGCUCGGCAAGGUCGAACACAUUGCACCCAUUACGCAGCGACAUUACGACCACUUCAAGCGGCUUGGGGUGCCGUACGGCGGGGUGUUUAUGCUCACGACCCCACUGCUCUACAUUUUCGACACCGAGCUCAUCAAAACGCUGCUGGUGAAAGACUUCCAGUACUUCCCGAACCGGGGCGUGUACUUCAACGAGCGCGAUGAUCCACUGUCGGCGCACAUGUUCGCCAUCGAGGGCCAGAAGUGGCGCACGCUGCGCACCAAGCUCUCACCCACGUUCACUUCCGGCCGGAUCCGAACGACGCUUCCGCUGGUGAUCGAGGUUUGCCGGCGCUUCCGGGACCACGUGCGGGCAGUGGUGGUCGACGGUGAGUCGAACGUGGUCGAAGUGCACGAUCUGUUGUCGCGAUACACAAUCGAUGUGAUUGGAGCGUGUGCGUUCGGGAUCGAGUGCAACAGCUUCCGCGAGCCGGACAACGAGUUCCGCCGGUACGGGAAGAUCGCGUUCGACAAGCUGCCCCACUCGCCGCUCGUCGUGUACCUGAUGAAGGCAUUCCGAGGGUACGCAAACCGCCUCGGCAUGAAGCAACUGCACGACGAUGUGUCCCGGUUCUUCCUGGGCGUCGUCCGGGACACGGUCGAGCUCCGGGAGCGGGAGAAAAUCGUCCGGAACGACUUCAUGGAUCUGCUGUUGAAGCUGAAAAACACUGGCUGCCUGGAGGACGGUGGCGAGCAGAUUGGACACAUCACGUUCGAGGAAAUAGCGGCCCAAGCGUUCAUCUUCUUCACCGCCGGCUACGACACGUCCUCGACGGCCAUGACCUACACGCUGUACGAGCUGGCGCUGAACCAAGCGGCACAGGAGAAGGCACGGGCCUGCGUCCGGGAAACAAUGCAGAAGUACGACGGCCAGCUUACGUACGAAGCCUUGUCCAAUAUGCCGUAUCUGGAGCAGUGCAUCAAUGAGACGCUUCGCAAACAUCCCCCGGUGGCGAUCCUGGAGCGCAACGCCGAUAAAGACUAUCGGAUGCCAAACAGUGGGUUGGUUCUGCGCCGCGGUCAAAAGGUCAUGAUACCAAUCUACGCCAUGCACCACGAUCCGGAUCACUUCCCCGAACCGGACGAGUACCGGCCGGAGCGAUUCUCUCCGGAGGAGGUAGCCAAGCGUGAUCCGCACUGCUACUUGCCGUUCGGUGAAGGUCCCCGGAUCUGCAUCGGCAUGCGCUUCGGGUCGCUCCAGGCGAAGGCAGGGCUGGCGAGCCUGCUGGAUACGUUUCGGUUCAGUGUGUGCCCCCAAACGCAGAUACCGGUGCAAUACUCUCGGACCAACUUUAUUCUAGGACCGGCGAACGGAGUACAUCUGCGCGUCGAGUUACUGUGAAACGUUUCAAGUCCAAGGUCGC